AUGGUUUCCGGGGCAAUCACGCUCUCGUACCCUAUAAUGGUUUGGGUAACCAUGAGCACUGCCUGCCGGCCAUUAAGCUACUUCUGGACCCAAUUCAGCGGCACGAAAGGGGAAUGCCUCGAUAUCAACACCUUUUUUCUCGCUGCGGGCAUUAUCAACAUGUUGAACGACAUCAUUAUCCUCGCCAUUCCCUUUCCGCGCAUUAUCAAGCUGCAGAUGACUCUGAGGAAGAAGAUUGCUAUUUGUGGUAUCAUGGCUGUGGGGAUCUUUGUCUGCAUCGCCAGCAUCGUCCGAAUCCACUACUUGAGCGUCUUCAUGAACGCUCUCGAUAUUACCUGGCUCAUGGGCCCCGUCUUCAUCUGGUCGACCAUCGAACCAUCCGUCGCAAUCGUCUGCGCCUGCCUCCCCCAUCUCGCGCCUCUCGCCCGCAUCGCUCAUCACUCGAUUCUGAGCAGUUACAAUUCGCAUUCACACUCGCGACAGGGCCCGUCCUCAAACAAAUCAAGGACCUUCCGUAGUGGGUCCGGAGUUGGACAAAAUAACAGUUAUAGAGGAGGGAGUAUUCUUCAUCGCAUGAUCAAAGGGACGGAUGAUGAUGAAAUUGGGCUUACGAGCUACGUAACUGCUGGACAACACGGCGCUUUUGCCGAUACAGCCUCACAGAUCCGAGUCAAGUCGACAUUCGUGCAGGCUUCGAAUAAGGCCGAAUGA